UAUUGAAUGCGUUGCACUUGCUCGUACACGGACAGCCAUUCCUUUUUUUCUCUCUGUACUCUUCUUCAUCCGUUCCCUCCACUCAACUCCUCCACCGCUACCUUGUAGAACCAUCACUUGCAGAACCAACUACGCAGUACCCAAAGACCUUCUGAAGAUCAUAUGGUACUGUUUUUCCGCACCCGCAUGGUGUGAAGCAGAAGCAGAUUGAGAGAAGUCAUUUAUCUGAACAGUACAAAGAUUACUUAUGUUUAGAAGAAACAAUGUUACGGCCCGGAUUUUUGAGCGUCAGAUGUCCAACCCUGCUCCUGGCACCAGUGUUCAUCGUGCCCGGCGAUUUUAUGAGAACAUAGUCCCAAGUCAUACCAUAUAUGACAUUGAAUGUCCAGAUCUUUUAUUUCGUAAGUUCACGGAUGAUGGACAGUAUCUUGUAACUUUCAGCAGGAAUCAUCAGGAUCUCAUUGUUUAUAGACCAACAUGGUUGUCAUUUUCGUGCAAAGUAAAAGAUUGUUAUGCUGAUGGCCUUCCAAAUAAAGCCAACAAAUUUGAGAGUUUCUUCACUCAAUUAUACAGUGUUACUCUUGCUUCCACUGGUGAAUUUAUAUGCAAAGAUUUCUUCCUUUAUAUAGAAGGCAAACAGUUUGGAAUUUUUGCAACUUCAACUGCACAAAUACAUGAUGCACCUGCUGUUGGAGGUGCAAUUCAAGGAGUCCCAUCAAUUGAAAAGAUAACUUUUCACCUCUUGAGACUGGAAGAUGGAGUUAUACUUGAUGAGAGGGUUUUUUGCAAUGAUUAUGUUCAUUUGGCACAUAGCAUGGGUGGUGUCUUCUUGUACGACGAUUUAUUGGCCAUAGUCUCUCUUCGUUAUCAAAGAAUACACAUUCUCCAGAUUAGGGACUCUGGCAACCUUGUUGAUGUGCGGGCAAUUGGGAAAUAUUGCCAUGAAGAUGAUGAACUUUUCCUCAACUCUAGUGUGCAGGUGUCUUCAAAUCAUAUUGAGAAUGGUUCACAACAUAUCGAACAUAUUCCUGAAACUCCUUUUUUGAGCGGUUUAAAGCAGCGAUUGCUUUCAUUUAUAUUUCGAGGAAUAUGGAAUGAAGAAGAUGAUCCAAACCUGAGGAUGCAAUGCUUGAAGAAGAAGUUCUAUUUCCAUUUCCAAGAUUAUGUUGAUUUGAUCAUCUGGAAGGUGCAAUUCUUGGACCGACAUCACCUGUUGAUCAAGUUUGGCAGUGUUGAUGGUGGGAUGGCACGAAAUGCAGAUAAUCAUCCGGCUUUUUUCGCUGUAUAUAACAUGGAGACUGCAGAAAUUAUUUCAUUUUAUCAGAACACAGCGGAGGAGCUUUAUUCAUUGUUUGAACUGUUCUGCGACCACUUUCAUUCAUCAUCAAAGAAUUCAUCACUUUACAUGAAUUUCAUAUCGAGUCAUUCGAAUAACAUCCAUGCCCUGGAGCAGCUAAGGAGCAAUAAAAAUAAGGCUACCAGCUUUCCUCAGUUUGUGAAGAAGAUGUUAGUCAAUUUGCCUUUUAACUGUCAGUCUCAGAGUCCUUCCCCCUACUUUGACCAAUCCCUCUUCCGAUAUGAUGAAAAGCUGAUUUCUGCAACUGACCGACAUAGACAGUCCGCUGAGCAUCCCAUAAAAUUCAGUUCAAGGAGGCAACAUAAUAUUCUCAAAUUUAAGAUUAAACCAGGACCUGAAGCUGGAACCUCUGAUUGCCGAAACAAAAAAAUCUGCUCAUUUCUCUUUCAUCCAGUUUUGCCCCUAGCAAUAUCCAUCCAACAGACACUGUUUUUUCAGCCAGCAGUUGUAAAUAUUCACUUCCGUCGAUAAUUCUUUCUCAGCAGCACAGGCUAUAUGUUUUUUCUUUGGCAAAAGCGCGUGAUUCCGUCUGAAAUCAGCAUAGAGGCUGUAUAUGUUCGACAUAUCUUGGAUGUGUUCACGUAUUCGUAUUUGUGGAUAGUCUUAGGUAUCUCAUACAAUCAUGGGCACUUUCAUAUUCGUAUACCAUUCUUGUUGUGGGGGUUAGCUAGACAGAAAUCUCCAUGUAAGCUUGAAACCAAGCCAAAAUUUUUUGACCCCAGGAUUCAAAUGUAAUAUUCUGCUCCCAAUUGUGCUGUGAAUUCACAGGAGGAAGCAAGUUUUCGACUGGCAAAACUGCUUCGAUUCUGGCAAACGACGCCCAGACAUGGACACGAACUUAAAUUAAGUUAUGUGGUAUGCACCUAUUAGAAGCUUAUGAUCUUAAUUUCAAAACAGGAAGAGAUCCAGAAUCUGUAUGAUAAAGUGUACUUUCCAAAUUGCAUUAAUGCUGUGUUUUAUGCCAAGUGAGAAUUACCUAAGAGGAGUUGACGUA